AUGAUGGAAAAGAUUGAUGCCUUAUUUGGACCAAACUACUCCACUAACAGUACUUUUUUUGCAUCGGCUGAUGAAGAAUAUUCCCUAGAAUCCAAUGCGGUGCUACGUCCAUCAGAAUUUGACACCAUAACCAUAGGCGCAGAAGAUAAGGGCAAAAUAUCAGGGCCAUCUGACGAUGGUCCAUCAGUUAGUACAUCAGAAUUGGCUAAGAAACUAAAUAUGAGUGAGGAAAUGUACUUGCAAUUGCAGCAAAAAAUUAAGGCAGAAAAGGCAAAACUGAGAAAUUAUAUCAUUAAUAUGAAGAGGCAAAAUGAUCGUUUUGUUCUACAAGAGCAACUGCUAAUCAUACCUGAACCUUCACAGCAAAAUAAACAGAAUGAAGACCAAGGAUCAGACUAUGAUGAUGAUUUCGACAUGUUUUCUGAGACAGUAGAAAAGGUUAAAAGGCAGAAGACAAAAAAUGAUUUAACAACGAAUAUGCCAGACAACGCACUACUUAGUGAUAAUUGGAACGAUGCAGAGGGGUAUUACCAAGCACUAGUUGGAGAAGUUAUUGAAAACAGGUAUAGGGUGGUAUUAGAAUUGGUGGGUAAAGGGGUGUUCUCCACAGUAAUCAAAUGCUUUGAUCUAAACACAAAUAGGCAUGUUGCAGUAAAGGUCAUCCGAUUUAACGAUAUGAUGAAGAAGGCAUCUGAGAAGGAAAUAUCAAUACUCAACCUGUUAAAUGGCAAUGACAAAGAAGAUAAGAAGCACAUAGUAAGACUACUUGACCACUUCAUUUAUCGGGGACACUUGUGCCUUGUUUUUGAAUGGCUUUGGGGCAGCUUACGCACGGCACUGACUAGGUAUGGCAAUGGUAAGGGGCUUAAUCCAUUGGCAAUACAUGCAUAUGCUCGACAAUUGUUUAUCGCAUUGCGACAUUUGCGCAAGUGUAACAUUAUGCAUGCAGAUUUGAAACCAGAUAACAUAUUGCUAAAUGAGGGGUUUAACUGCGUAAAGAUUGGGGACUUGGGUAGCGCUAGUGACACUAGUGAGAAUGACAUAACUUCCUAUCUGGUUAGUAGAUUUUACCGCCCGCCCGAGAUAAUUUUGGGCUCCAAAUAUGACACACAAAUUGACAUAUGGAGUGCGGCCGCAACACUUUAUGAAUUGGCCACAGGGGAGAUUCUUUUUCCGGGCCGCACCAACAAUCAUAUGUUGAAGCUUAUUAUGGCAGUGAAGGGUAAAUUUGCGCACAAGAUGAUUAAAUCGGGGCUUUUAGCACAGAAACAUUUUGAUGAAAACCUGGACUUCAUAUACAUAGACAAGGAUUCCUACACCAAAAGUGAUGUCAUUCGAAUUGUUCAAGAUCUGAGACCCACAGAUAGCGUGACAGAGAUGCUGAUUCGAAGGAUUAAGACAACUUGGAUGGACCCAAACAAUCGGAGCUUAGAUAAGAAGAUACGCCAGUUUGGCGAUUUACUAGACAAGUGUUUGGCCCUAGAUCCUGGCAAGAGGCUGACUCCCGAGCAGGCAAUGUUACAUCCUUUCAUUAGGGAACCGUUAUACUAG